AUGUCUAAGGACGACCCAGAGGCAUCCAGGCAAGUAGCCUCGAGAGUCUGCUCCGUGGUGGGUGAAAAGCAUGCCGUCGAGGAGACCAACACAGCCCUGAACAACGAACGAAAGAUGGGUGUGAUCCAGUCACUCCUAUUCUGGAGAAAGGCUGUUGCUUUCUCCUUCUUCAUCUCACUGGCUGUCAUCAUGGAAGGUUACGAUACUUCUCUCAUGAACAACUUCUUCCCUUUUCCUGCCUUCAAGAACAAAUUCGGUGACGAAAUUGAUCCUGAUGGUGGAAUGCUCGUGUCUUCCAAGUGGCAGACAAUCAUCCUGAAUGGUACACAGAUUGGCUGUAUCAUCGGGCUGGUCAUUAACGGAUACAUAUCCGAGUGGCUAGGAUACAAGAAGACGAUGGUAGUCACAAUGUUUGCCAUGGUCGCCGCUGUGUUCAUCCCGUUCUUCUCCACCAGUCUGGGUAUGUACCUCGCAGGUGGCAUCAUACAAGGUCUCCCUUGGGGUGUCUUCCAGACACUUGCGGUUUCUUAUGCUGCAGAUUUGUGUCCAACACAUCUUCGAGGUAAUGCAAUGGCAUACAUGACAUCGUGGGUCAACCUGUGUUGGGUAGUUGGCGGAUUGUUAUCUACCGGCAUACUCCGUGGGCUGCUCAACAUUGACAGCGAAUGGGGUUAUCGAAUUCCGUUUGCGCUCCAGUGGCUGUGGCCUAUUCCUAUCACUGUCGCAACCCUCUUGUGCCCUGAAUCUCCAUGGUGGCUUGUGCGAAAGGGACGCAUCAACGAGGCCAGAACUGCGAUUCGCCAACUUACCAGCCCUAUGCCUGGUAUAGACUUCGAUGUCGACGCGCACGUCGGGAUGAUGGUCACCACGGACCAGUUCGAAAGACAAGCACAAUCGGGGACAAACUACUGGCAUUGUUUUCAGGGUAGUGACCGACGCCGAACAGAAAUAUCUGCUAUGGUUUGUAUUACUCAAGCAUUUUGCGGUGUUCCUUUCAUGGCUUACGGCGUCCAAUUUAUGGAAAGAGCUGGCCUUGGCACAAAUGCUGCAUUUGACCUCAACGUGGUCCAGAGUUGCGUCGGAUUCAUAGGUUGCAUAAUUGCCUGGUGGGCGAUGACAUACUUCGGCCGAAGGCUUCUCUACUUGGCAGGUCUUUCGUCCAUGCUCGUCAUUCUUAUAAUCAUCGGUUUCCUAGGCUUAGCUGCUGAGGCAAACUCGGGGGUGAGCUGGGCCGUAGGCGCUUUGAUCAUAUUCAUGCUUUUCCUUUUUCAGAUGUCCCUGGGACCUACCUGCUACACCAUCUUCGCCGAAAUUCCCAGCACCCAGCUGCGUAUAAAAACGGUGGUCCUCGCCCGAGCGAGCUAUAACAGUGCUGUAUUUAUCAACAAUGCCAUCAUGCCGAAGAUUGUUGGUAAGAAUGAUUGGAACUGGGGAGCGAAGGGUGGCUUUUUCUGGGCGGGCAUUGACUUGUUGUUCCUGGUGUGGACCUGGUUCCGACUGCCUGAAUCCAAAGGACUAACAUAUACUGAACUAGAUCUGUUGUUCGAGCACGAAGUUGCCACCCGUCAAUUUAGUCAGGCAAAGGCUGAUUCCCUGAAGUCAGUAUUGAUAGGGGUUGCAGAUCAGCAGGAGAAGAAAUUGGACUUUCAACUGGUAGAGGUCAAGAUUUGA